UGCCUGCAGCGCCAUGGACACCAGCAGGUACAGCAAGUGGGGCGGCGGGCCCGAGGAGGUCCCUGGAGGGUACUGGGGACGCUGGGAGCAGUGGAGGCGGAGAUCCUGCUUCCUGGCCCUGGUUCUCCUGGCCGUGGCAGUCCUGUGGGCUCUCAUUCUGAGCAUACUAUUGUCCAAGGCCUCCACCGAGCGCGCGGCUCUGCUGGACAGUCAGGACCUGUUGAGGACAAACACCUCGAAGCAGACAGCGGUGUUGGGGACCUUGAAGGAGGAGGUCUCGGCCUGCCACAGCUGCUGCUCCCGGACGCAGGCGCAGCUGCAGGCCACCCGCGCCGAGCUUGGGGAGACUCAGGGGAAGCUGACCCAGCAGGAGAGCGCCCUGAAAGGACUGCAGGAGCGUGUGACCCAGGGCUUGGCGGAAGCAGGCAGGGACCGAGAGGACGUCCGUAAUGAGCUGUUCCGGGCACUGGAGGCGGUCAGGCACCAGAACAGCUCCUGCGACCCGUGCCCCAAGUCGUGGCUGCCAUUUGAGGGUUCCUGCUACUAUUUCUCCGUGCCCCAGGCCACGUGGGUAGAGGCUCAGCGCCACUGCGCAGGCGCCGGCGGGUACUUGGUGAUCGUCGGGGGCCUGGAUGAGCAGGGCUUCCUGACUCGGAAUACGCGUGGCCGCGGUUACUGGCUGGGCCUGAGGGCAGUGCGACACCAGAACAAGGUUCAGGGCUAUCAGUGGGUGGACGGAGGCCCACUCAGCUUCAGCCACUGGAACCGAGGGGAGCCCAAUGACUCUUGGGGGCGCGAGAACUGCGUCAUGAUGCUGCACACGGGGAUGUGGAAUGAUGCACCGUGUGACAGCGAGAGGGACGGCUGGAUCUGUGAGAAGAGGCGCAGCUGCUGACCGCGCCCAGUGCCCCGGAGCCACGCCCACUGCCACCCUUGGAAUCCCUGGUGCCGAAGCCGCCUCCCGGUGCCUGCUGCCAGAGAUAAUUUCUUCCCUGUCUGCCACUACUGAGAACCACUCAGCCCGACACAGCCCUGUCCAGUGCCUGUGCUCUGGGACCUUCCCUCCAAUCUCGCUGCAACCCGACUCACAGACCUAACCUCCAUCGGCUCUAAAAUCCCUGCUCCUGGGUCCGGGUGAUCUGACACCGCUUCUGUCCCUGGCCAAUGUCAGUUGACUAAGGGGGUGGAGCUGUUUGGUUUUCCUGCAUUUUCCCCCAGACUGGGGGAA